UUUGUCAAAUAGUUCUAUUGUUCCCUAAACUUAAUUAUUCAUGCCAAAAUGAUGCAUUGUGAGCGGUGAUUCGUUAAUUCGGAUGCAGGGUUGUCUCGAGUAUUUAAAAGCGACUGGUUUGGUAUAGAACCAGAUGAUUGUCAACCCACUAACGGAGAAUAACGGUUUCUAUUAUGAAAAUGUAAAAUAACUACUUAAACCGUUAUUUAUACAAGAAGCUGGAAAUUAUGUACACUAAAUCAAUUCUAAAUCGAUCUGAAGGAAUUGUUUGAAAAGUCUUUUCUUGUGAAUAAAAGACAGAUGUUAUGCCAAGUUAAAAAGUAUAUAUAAAAAGGGAACAUAAAAAUGAAUGAAGACAAAAGUGCUGUAGAAAAUAUAUAUACACAGUGGUAAAUCUAAAUUUCAUCAUGCCAAAGUCGUUUUUGGUAAAGAAAAAAGUUGAUCAUCACGAGAGAGUAUCUAAUUACCAUUACCAGAGGUUACGAGCGGUAUACGAUGAUUCUUUGGAGAGUAUAAAGGCUGUGGUUCCAUUCACGCCGAGUAUACAGCCAUUAACAGUCAGAUUAAAUAAUGGCUACAUUCAAGACAUUGCUAUUCCGUCAUCACUACAGCAAAAGGCAAAUAUCCCGGAUGAAUCUGGUCGAAUUUCUGAACCCGAAGUUUCUUCAUGCAAAAGUGUAGAAACAGAAAAUAUAUCACUUGUGACAUCACCAUCUCCUCAAAUUUUUGUUGACGACAUUGAAAAUGGGGGGAUAACCAUCGGUUAUACUUAUGAUUCUUUUUUCAUAAGCGAUGGACGUUCCAGGCGAAAAUCCAUUGAGAAGGUAACCAGGCAACGGUAUACCUGCAAUGAAUGCGGUAAGGACUACGCCACGUCAUCAAAUCUUUCCCGCCAUAAACAGACACACAGAAGUAUCGACAGUCAGUCAGCUAAGAAAUGUCCUCACUGUGACAAGGUCUACGUAAGCAUGCCAGCAUUGUCAAUGCAUAUUCUAACACAUAAUCUUAAACAUACAUGUGACAUAUGCAACAAAUCGUUUUCACGGCCAUGGCUUCUUCAAGGUCACAGAAGAUCGCAUACUGGAGAGAAACCGUUUGGCUGUGCCCACUGCGGGAAAGCAUUCGCAGAUAGGUCCAAUCUUAGAGCUCACAUGCAGACUCAUUCAGCUUUUAAACAUUAUACAUGUAAAAGAUGUAACAAAUCGUUUGCUUUAAAGUCGUACUUAAAUAAACAUUAUGAAUCCGCAUGCAUAAAAGAUGGAAGCGAAUGUUUGUCUGAUUCAAGUUCGGUUAGAGAUACUUAUGAAUUUGAAAACUCGAAUAGCUCUUGUUAAUUUACUAUAAACCUUUCUGAGAAAUUAUGAUAGUCAUACUGACAUAAAUACAUACAGGACUAAAAUGAAGAAUGAAGGUAAAUGCUUUGCUGAAUAUUAAAUGUCAUUAUUAAAUCGGAAAUGUUGAACUAAAACUAUGGAAUAAUGGAAAUGUAAAUAUAUAUUUCCUAGGAUAGUUUUGAAUAGAAGUUUGUGUCCUCAUUCCAAGGUUGUGUAAUGUAUUUUGCACCUGUAUAUUUCACCAAGCAUAUUUUUGCACUAUAAGCUUUCUUACCAUGAAGUAUUUAUAUUUAUGAAGUUGUUUUCUUGUUACCAAAUAUGCACAUAUGUCCUCUAUUUUAGAUACUUACUUUUAUACUGAAUAUAUAUCUAGUUUUAGAAAACCUUUUAUAGAAGUCAUCAACGAAAAUAGCGUAGACAUUCAUUCAUUCAUUCAUUCAUUCAUUCAUUCAUACGUUCGUUCGUUCGUUCAUCACUUCCUUCUUUUCAUUCAUUCAUUCAUUCAUUCAUUCAUUCAUUUAUAUGUUCGUUCGAUCGUUCACUUUCUUUCCUUCCUCCAUACCUUCAUUUAUUUAUUCAUUCAUUCAUAUUUUCUUUGAUUUGUUUAUGAUAUAAAUACCAUUCAUUCGCCCAAAAAUUACAUGUUCAUAUUUUUUAACAUUACGAUUGUGCACUGCACAACACCAAUUAAAUAUUUGAGGUAGUAUUUAUUAAUUUUAUCAUUGAAUUUAAUCAUAUUUAUAGUUUUCUCCUUUUAUACUGUAAAAAAUUUGCACACUAGUUAUUUUCAAUUUUAAACCAAUUACUACCUAAACGCUUUGUAUAUUGAUCUUGAUUUUAUUUAUUGUUAGAUAAUUGUUAUUAAUCCAUUGUGCCAAUCAAAUUAUAGUGUUUAAGUAACAAUGUGUGAGAAGUCUAAGCAUACAAAUAAUUAAGCCUGUCUUUUGAAGGAGAAAAUAGAAGUAACAUCAUUGUUACAGCUCACUACUCUGCUUCGUUCAAAUAAAUUGUUAUUAAAGUAAUUGAAAGUAAUACAACUUCUUAUGUCUGAAAGCAAUGGAUGAAUCAUUUCAAAAUAUGUUUCUACUAUUCUCUUUUAUUCUAAAUUCCCUGUAUUGUAUUUCAAACCCCUUGUAUUGUUUCUUUUUAAUAUUUUGUUUUAGAUAUGCGAAGAAACAAACGAAUUUCUUUCCCAGACCCUAUUGCCGGCUUUCAUUACGGUUGAUACAAAUUAUAUUAUCUGUGUUCCCGAUUCAAUGACAUUAAACACAAUUGUGUUUGCUACCGUGUGCGGCAGAUUUGUGUAUAUUGUUCCGAUUGCCAUUGCAAAACAAGGGAUUUUGACUUGUGUUAUUUACUGCAGAUGCAGUACCAAUAGCUGGUAAUAGGGCGUGUUUCCGAGGCAGUAUCUUUUUCAGCUGUCUCGUUGUUUCGAUAGCAGUAUCGAUAUUCAGUUACAAAACUAUGAUGGGACAUGUGGCCAGUAUUGUUACAUAAACACUUAUAUUUAAUUGAAAAUUUAGAUUUUAUUUUUUCACAUGUCAGUCUUCUCGCAACAAUUGUUCACAACUAUCACCAUGAUAUAUUUUAAACUUAAAAAAAACUUAUUUUGUAAUUGUUUGAAGUAAUAUUUGGUUAUAACCUUUUUGAUCAAUGAAAUUCUACUUGCAAGUUGCAGGAAACGACAUGGAUAUUUUUAAAUCUGAUCAUUUUAUCAUUGUUGUAACUAGUGCUUUUGAGAGAUAUGUGCUUAUAGCAUUGUAUAUACUGUUAUGUUGUAUCCAAGUGCAAUUUUUGUAGCUAUAACAUGGCUUUGUUAAAUGAUUUUAGAUUUUUUUACAAAUCCUUUAGCUUUAACACAGUUUUGUUUAAUGAAUUUUUAGAUUUUUACACAUUCUUGUGCAAUAGUGAGAACGGUCAGUAUUACAAAUAGCAUUUUUCUGUGUUACUUGCUGAAAAUAAAUUUAUUAGAAUUA